CCGACUCUUCUUCUCGUUCGUUAUUCUUGUUGUUCUAUUGUGCCAAACGCCUAUUGUCAAACGCUCGCAUAAACAGUUAUCCGGAUUUAUGCACCGUCAUUACAUUCCUUUAACAUGGUUAACCCGCUCAUUGCCGUCCCUGCGGUAACAGGCCUUGCAUAUCGAGCGUGGUCGCGCAAGUCGUUAACGACCGUUGGAAGCAUCGUUGCCUUCGCUACAGCCGCUCUUCAUACUGUCCAUCCAUGGCUUUUGCCAUUUAUUCUACUCGCAGUGUUUUAUUUUUCUGGGUCUAGAGCUACAAAGGUCAAACAUGGCAUCAAAGCCCAAUUAACACUAUCUGCUUCCGGUGCCAGUGGAGGCGAAGGCCCUCGAACGCAUGUACAGGUUCUCGCGAACUCUCUCGUUGCUACGGUGCUCAGCGUGUUGCACACAUAUUAUUUGUGGAAUCAAGGCCGGUACUCAAAGGCGUGUUUGGCACAGGGGGCUGAUAUUGGGGAUAUCCUUGUUGUUGGAAUUGUCGCCAACUACGCAGCAGUCGCAGCCGAUACAUUCUCGUCCGAACUGGGCAUUUUGUCCAAGUCGAAACCACGUUUGAUCACAUCCCCGACCUUGAGAGUUGUUCCGCCCGGGACAAAUGGCGGUGUUACCCUAACUGGCUUGCUGGCGGGUGUUCUAGGCGCGUUUCUCGUAUCUUUUGCAUCCACCCUCACUCUUCCUUUCUGCGAGGACAGCUGGUCAUGGAUACAUCGGAUUCAAUGGCUCGUUGGGAUGACAAUUUGGGGCACACUCGGAAGUAUUCUCGACAGUUUUCUUGGUGGAUUUCUACAAGCUAGUGUCACUGAUAAGCGGACCGGGAAGAUUGUUGAAGGUAGCGGAGGUCGCAAAGUGCUGAUCCAUCCCUCAUCAGCUAAGUCUUCGUCAACCGCUACCAACGACGCGGGCAAGUAUAAUAGCAGCAUUCAUGCAACCGAGUCGAUCGCCAAUAUUGCCACUGGAGCAAGGGUGACAAGGUCACCUGCAAAGGCUCAAGCAGUCAUUUCCGCAGCAGGACCGGAGCAGCCUACUCGUAAGAUAGAGAGUGGCCAUGAUAUUCUGGAUAAUAAUGCAGUGAAUCUUCUGAUGGCAGCGACGAUGAGUGUGGGGGCGAUGCUUGUUGCUAGCUAUAUAUGGGAAGUACCGUUGACGGUUGAUGGGUUUUUAUAGUCGUAUCGAAGUGUGGUUUCGGAUUUUCGAUAGCAGCAGGGAUUGAGUUCUAAAAACAUUACCGCAACAUUUCUGCACCCUGAUACAAUUGUGUUACCAUUACACAACUAUAUAGUACACAACACUUAGUGUAGCUAACCUCACUAGCGGUUUGGGGGCAUUGCGGAAACUUUUGGUACCCUCCUCCACUUAGAAGAGCUCCUAUAUCAUGUGCAGCAUAUCUAUAUGAACUGUGAGUUGGGACAUAAAUGGGGCAUAAAAAGAGAAGAUUACAAUAUGUAUAACCAGACAGGCCUCAUACAUCUCGUAUUUAACUUCAUACAGAUAGCAAGACACAAAAUCUAACAAUGGCAAGAAUAAACUUUCGUCU